ACUGGACAAUGCCUAGAUUCAAAAUCAAUGAUGAACGACAUAAAGCCAAAAAGCCUACAUGCAGUCUCGAAUUCUUGAAAGAAUAUUUUCUGAAGACGGGAGAAUUUUACUCCUCGGGGUCAUGGGAUGAUCGAUCCUGGAUAGCCAACGACUGCAUCCAAGCAGAUUUAGAUUUACCAACUAUGUUGAAGCGCAACAACCUUAGCAGCAUUCUGUUCCUUGGGGAUUCAACUGCAUGGAGAUACGCACGUGCAUUUGUUAAUGUUCUCAAAAAACGAUUUACUUGUCAUUUGGUUAAACAAGAAGGUAGUGGAAAGGAACCGGAUGUGACGUAUUUUUCCGACAGUCGUGGCGUAUUUCAGGCAGAUAUGUUAGUUCAUUCCCGAGAUUGCUAUACAUGUAAAUCAUUCAUGUACGAAUGCAAAAAUAUUGUAGAAUUUAGUCAUGUCGGUUCAUAUGUCAUUAUAGAGUACGUCAGUAUGGAAUAUUUCAUGGAUACAGAAAUAAGUACGUUACGACUGCCUACCAAUAAGAAUAAAAACAUGUGCCGAACCAGUCAUAACACUCAAUCGGGCCUAGCGUGUGGUCAAUCACCCACAUCACAGGAAUUUAUAUUCAAUGAAUAUCUCACACUGAAGCCAAGUGAAUCCUAUCCACAGCUUAUAGCUCUAGUAUCAAAUUUUCACGAAUUAAUUAUGAGAGAUGAUGUUUCAUUCAGACGUACAUUGACCUGGUUUUUGGACCUUGUUUAUCAGAGUACAAAAUCCCGUCCUGGAAAUCGAGUUAUGUGGUUUGAACCAACGUUUUUCAUUGAAUCAAAAAAGAACAGAAAUAUUGUUAAAAAUGCUCAAACUAAAAAUCAUAGGUUGAAUAACAUUGCGAAGGAACUAUUGAUGAAAUACUUCAAUGAGAACAUUCCGAUAUUUUGGCCAUUUUUUGGUGUGAUGAAUAUCAGCAAGGUGGCAACGCCUGAAUGGAACAUUGAUGGAAUACAUUUUGAAAUGAUGUAUUACGAGUCUAUGAUCAAACUAUUGUUGCAAACGCUGAGUACUUGACCUUGAUUAGCCUAUAAUUUAGGGACGAUAUUUCCUUUGAUAUAAUCUGUAAUAAAUUACUAAUUCUGCGUUUUUAAAUUGCCCUGGUGCUUUACUAUUGAAUGAUUUGGAGUGCAAUACAGGAUAUAUUCUGCUCGAGAAUUCCGUAUUACUUUAAAUUUUAUUACAUAGCAUUUUACUCCAUCACAUUAUAUUACAGUAUUCAUAUAAACAUUUUAUUACAUUAAUUGCACUUCAAAUCAUUCAAUAAAGUUUUUAUCGUGUGAUCCUCUGUAUUGCUACU